AUGAAGAUUAUUACACGUUUAGUUAUUGUUUUGAAUCUAUAUUUGAUUCAUCUGAAUAUUGUAUUUGCAUUGAGCACAUCCAAGAUUCGUGAGGUAACUACUACAACUACUACUAGUGGAAGCUCGUUGCCAACAUCAUCUCCUUCUAUAACAUCAUUUGAUAAAAUAAAUAUUUUAUUGGCACGAAUUGUUCAACUACAACCUACAUCAUCACCAAGUGAUUAUUCAGCGGAAAUAACCUGUGAUGAUCCAAGUAUUCUUCCUUAUGUUCAAGCAUAUGUUACUCAAGAUUCGACAUUAAUUGUUUCAGCGACAACCGAUUGUGAUGUGCUUAUUCGAGCCUAUACUUAUCAAAAAAUACAUAUUGACAGUGUAUCGAAAUUAACCAUGACAGAUUAUUCAUAUAAGGGGUAUCAGUUAGCAUUAAUCAGCAUGGGAGAUGCAAAUAUUCAAAUAUCUAAUAUUGGCUUUGAUUUAGCAGAAUUCAAUUUCUUUGGCAAUGGGUCAGCGAAACUAAGUGGGAAUAUCGGUAAAUUAACUAUUGUUAGUCGAGGCAAAGGAUACGUUGAUGCAACUAAUAUAGCAACGCCAAGUGUCACCGCUACUUUGACGGGUAGUGGUUCACUUCAGUUGAAAUCAACAGCUAAUAUGAAUUUAAGUGUCGAUGGUACGGGUAAUCUAGCCUGGUGUUCACCAAAGGUUCAAAUGGAUGUAACAUAUGAUAUCUAUAAAAAGAAAAACAUUCUUUAUCAAUGUUAA